AUGAGUCGUGAUGUUGUUGACCUGAAGAUGUACUUUCAUCUGACUGACAUCACAUUCAUCCCGGACGAGGCAAUAGAAGCAGUUAUUGAUCAAUAUUAUAGUAAUACAUCUACCCUGGAAUUACCGGAUGCUGGCGAAAUCGCCCAACAAGUGAAGAAAAAUGCCCCCAAAGGCUUGCUCAAUCGCUCAUUGUUGAAUCGAUUGUGCCAAGCGCCUGCUUGUUUCGCGGAUCCGAGUUUUUGGUCUAUUGCUGGUUUUGACAGGCGUUUCCGGUGGUUUGAUCAUCAUUUGUCCUUUUCUGGUGGCGAGCUUCAUUUGUAUGCCACAUCCUCUUCUCUAAGUUCAACUCGAACGGUGGAACAACAAGAAGAUUUUGUCACUUGUGAUGAUGUUGUCCGACAACAACGCAUCGAUUCAGUGGUGAACGAGGUGAUGAACAAUCUCCUGCCGACAUUGGAUCCGGAGCCAGAGCUUGAUCUGUCCAUGGUUGGUGACCACACCGAUUUGUUAAGCUGUUUGGAGAAAGUUAUCAUUGAGGGCCGAUUCACGGGUCGCACUGUGGAGGAAAUCAAAGUGGGUUCCUUCAAAGCUUCAUGUAUGAUUUUGUUAAUCCCCUAA